UAAGAGAUCGGGAUCGGAAGUCAACACCAAAAAUGACGACCGUGUCGAAUGUUGCAGCCGCAAGGAUCCCGCGGCAUCUGCAAUUUACAUACCUUUCACAUGGACAGAGGGUAUUAAGAUACUACAAAAAGGCAUGUCGAAACUACGAAGCAAAUGCUGGAACAUUACUUGAUGCCAAGAUGUCCAGAAUUGAACUGAGAGCAAAAAUUGAUGCCAAUAAAGAUGAAAAAGAUUACGUUAAAGCUGCAAAAAUGUUAGAAGAAGCAGAGGCAGACAUGCUCACAAAAUGGAUUUUUCCAAAAAAAAAUUUUUCUCCUGGUGGAACAUGCUAUGGAAGAUACAUUUAUUUCCCAGACUAUGUAGUAGAUGCAUGGCAUGGUUUAGAAAAGGCCCAAUAUCCUAAGUACUUUGCUACAAGAGAAAUCAGGAAAUUGGAGUACAUUCUUUGGUGGCAGAAGAAAUAUGGAAUGGGAGAGGGAGCGGAGGAGACAGUAACACAAGAGACGACACAGAAGGAAGCAGCCCAGUAGACAGAGCGAUUAUAUUUAUUUGUGCAGCGUUACAAUGACGUUUUAGAGAGAUUUUUGCUUUGAUUCUCUAUGUACUGUGAGAGAAAUUGAAGAUAUAAGUUUUUAUUUCUGUUAAAAUGAUGUAGAAACUUAUUUAAAAACUUUUUUUUAUGAAAAUAAACUGAUCUGAAAUUGA